AUGGCGAUGAACGUGACGGAUUUGAAGGAAUUUGAUGUCAUUCGUGUGGUCAGAAGCGAUGGUUCAGAUACUGGACCCGGCUACUGGCCUGUCACGACAUCAACUGCGACGACUACGACGAAAAAGACAAAAGAUGCAGCAGCUGCCGAGAAGGCACCAAGGACCAAGCCUCAAAUGGUUCGACUGGCAGAAGAUGAUCCAAGGUUCACUGAGUGGAAAGUCAAACUAGGUAUCCUUCUCAAGCAAGAGCUGUGUCCGAAUCCUGAUGAGGGAAAUCCGUGGCUGGUGAAUUUUCCUCGAGGAUACUGGCUCUACGAGAAAUCAAAGCAUCUCUGGGUUUCUGGGUACCCAAUCAAGGUCAAGCUUUUCAAGAGUCCACAGGAGUUCGCUGUCCAUUUGAUAUGGCUGCUAUCAACGUCAAUGGAUUAUCGGGAUUGUUGCUGUGCGCACUGCAAUGCCGCCAGCAUAACCAAGGGAGGCACUUCGGAUGAAGGCCUGAUCAUCACCCACGAACCUCCCAAGGGUGACAAGAUGCCACACAGAGUCACACCUGUUCCCCUACCUCCAAUGCCUGGACAGGCAUCUCAGAAGCCCGGCACUAUGCCCGGCAAUGUUGUGCCUCAUUCGGCAUCCGCACAGUCUACACCAGCUGCUACGGCAAAAAACUCUCCGGCGCCUACGCCAGUAUCUGCUGCUACAACUUCUGUACAACAAGUUCAGCAGCCACCUCAGAUCCGACCUCAAGAACAGGCCAUCCAGCCAUCACCGCAACUGCAACCACAAUUGCAGCCAGCGCCCCAACCCCAGCACCACCACCAACCACCACCACAAAUACAGCAGCAGCAGAUCCAACAACAGCCCCCAAAUCUCGCUCAAGUGCCACCUCAGCCUAUACAAUGGGCUCUCAAAUCGACAGUCUUGUUUCGAUCUGGAGAGCUUGUGUGGUAUCAAAACGGCAAUACAUGGCGUCUUGGAGUUAUUGCAUCUUCUUCCAACGGCCAACACGAGGUCAUGCCAAUUGGACACGGUAUCGUUCAGCAAAACAACGUGACAAAGGCCGACGGAGAUAUGCGGCCUUUUUAUGCCUUCACAGUGCCGCCAGUCACCUUGCCCGAGUUGAAAGACAAGAACUAUGAUGGUGUUCCAUGGGAGUCGCUAUUCCAGAGUGCAGUCGAUGGGAAUCGACGCGAGGUGAUCGCACUUGAUGCCUCCAAGAUGGCAGCUGUCAAGAUUGAUUAUUCUUACUCACUUUGGUCCAAACUCUCCGAAGACCCGAAAAACAAGACAGCCUUUUACUAUGGCUGUUUCUUUGGAGCAGAGCGGGUCGAGAUUGGCGAUGCGAUGCGGCUUAAAUCGCUGCCGGCCGAACUCAACGUCCCCGCCGAAACGGGCGUUUUGGGUCUACGGUUCAUCUUCAUUACUAAAGAAAUGCCUGGCGCCGUCUUCUUCCGCGGUCACAUUUACCAGCUCGUGCCCGAAGAUCACCCAAACAUCGUCCGGGAUGAAUACCUUCCCCUUGCGUUGCGCAGCGAGAGCCAAUGGCGUCGCUCAGUCGGGGCGCAACGAUGGUGUUAUGCAAUAGUCAAGGAGAACGUUGUGUUCAAGGAGCAGUCGAUUAGAGGUCGAUUCUACCCAACUCAUCGUCUCAUGCCAAUUCUUAACCCGGCUGAAUUCCAGAGCUCGGUCGCGCAGCGCCGAGUCGAUGACCAAUACGCCCAUCUCAACAACCGUAUGGAUGGUGUGGGGAGAUAUCUUGGUCGGAAGAUCAACCGAAUCGAUACUCUUGGGGCUUCUGUGAUCCACACAGCUAGGAUCAACCUGGAGUCGUUCAUUAGAGAAGGGGACCAGCCGGUUGAAUAA